AUGAUUAUCAGAGUGAGCUUCAUGGUCGUAGCUUCAGUUGCUGCAAUCAAGAUUUCACAGACAAAAACCACCUCUUCUACCCAGAGAAAAGGAAGUGAUGGGUCACUCUUGGAACAAGAGUUUGAAGAGAGGGGAAAUAGCACUGUUAAGGUUAAUAAUGUGAUGCAGAAUUUUCUUUUGCUGCAGAAUGAAGAGAAGAAGAUUAACUUUGAAAUGCCAAAAAAUCUGCCAACAGGAGAAUUUAAGGGCUUGGAGCUAUUAAUAGAUGGUGAGAAAAUGCAUAAUCUUACAGAGAAGGAGGUAUUGCAGAAUUUGGUAAAAAGUUACAGGCGGAGAGAAGUGAAGCUUGAAAGGAAGCUUCUUGAAUUGAAUGGUUUAAGGGAAGAGCAAUCUUCCAUUGCUACAAUGCAAAAACAAAUAAAGGAAAAGACAGAAAAAGUGGACUUUCUUAAAAAGGCCAUUGCUUCCUUUCAGUCAGAGAAUAAAAUUAUUCGAGAAAAAAUAAGAGAUGAUCAAAUGUCAAAAAAGCAGCUAGAUAUUGCAAAGAAAAUUAUAAAUGAGAUGCAAAGGAAAAAGGAUGUCAUUGUCAAUGCAAGCCCUGUGAGGGAGCAGAUACUGAUGCUCCAACAGCAAGUGACUGAAUUUCAGAAGUUUCAUAGCUCAGGUGGAAAUUCUACAACAACUAGGAAAAUUAAAGAUGUUCAAGGCAUUGAAUUAGAAGUUUUGGAACUGAAGAGGAGAAACAAAGAGCUUGAAUUGGAGAAAAGGGAGAUGAAAACUAAGUUGGCUACUUCCCAAGCAAGAAUCAGAAAGGAGGAAACAAGGACAAGAAUAGAACAAGAAAUUGCUGAUUUGCGACGUGAGCAUGAAGAACUUUCAGAGGUAGUUGAAACAUUGCAGAGAAACAGAUUUGAUAUGGUCCAGGAAGUUGUCUACCAACGGUGGCUUUACACAUUGUUGAGGUUUGAAGUUCAGGAUAAUCAAAGACAAAGCAGAAAGGCCUCAAUAAGAGAUUGCAGCAAGAACUCAAGCAAAGAACUCUGUGAGAUAAAACAUGCAUCAACAUCUGACAUUAGUGACCUUGAGCUUGAAAGCUUCUCCUCCAGUGCCACAUUAGAUGAGAGUGAUGAAAUUGAAACUACUACCUUUGCAAGCUCUUCUAGUAGCCAAAGUAGUAAUAGUAGUAUGAAAAUGAAGGGAUGGAGAAAAACAAGAGAUUGGUGUAACAAAAUUUCAUCAAAAGGUAUAAAUCUUGGGAGCAGCCCUAGCCUAAUACGUAGGUUAUCCUUUUCCAUGUCAUAUGAUGGAUCAUAUGUAUCCAAAUCAGUGAACAGUGGUAAUACUCCAGUCAUCAAACUACCCCAGAAUGUGAAUACUGAUACUAAUGAGAACCCAAUAAUACCAAAGAAGAAAAGAGUCUCUUUCAGUGAUUCAGUUAAACUAUCUACCUAUCAAGACAUUCCCGAGGUAGUUGAGAAUGCAAUAGAUGACAGAGAAACAAGAUCUGGGAAGAUGGUUGAGCUGACUUCAAAUGAGGUGAACUCCACCAAUAUUAAUUCCAUUGAAGAGAAUGAAGGUGCCAAGAAUGAAAUUGGUCAUUCAGAUGAAGUCUAUUCUGGGAAUAAACUGCUUUCUUCUAAACUGGAUCUCAGGAUCAAAACUAUAACGGUGUAUUUGGUGGCAUUUUUGUUCUUUUCAAUGAUUCUGCUACAUGCAUCUGGAUCAAAUAACAAUGUCCUUAAUUGUAUGAAAUAG